GAGACAAAAUUCUCAAGAGUGUCCUUUUAACAACACACACAGCUUUGAUGAUGAUGAGGUCAACUUAAAUCACAUUCAUUGACAAAAAGAAAAACUCAAAACUUUAUUAAGAUCUCUUCUAAAGUUUCGAUUUUUUUGUUUCCUUUUCUUAAUUGUAAAAGCGACGAUGUCAGGGUACCCUCCGACGAGUCAAGGUUACGGUUACGGUUAUGGCGGCGGUGGUGGAGGAAAUCAACCACCGCCACCUCAGCCACCUUACUCAUCUACCGGAAACAAUCCUCCUUACGGAUCAUCGACCACCUCCUCAGCUCCUUACGCAGUUCCUUACGGAGCACCGAAACCACCGUCGUCCUCUUCCGCGCCUCCUUACGGAUCUCCGAAGCCUCAGUCUUCGUCGUACGGAGCACCGCCUCCUUCAGCUCCGUACGCGCCUUCUCCUGGAGAAUACAACAAGCCGCCAAAGGAGAAACCUUACGGAGAUUACGGAGCUUAUCCAUCGCCUGGACCUUCGGAUUACGGGAGUUACGGUGCUGGUCCUCGUCCUUCGCCGCCGUCCGGUCACGGCGGAGGAUACGGAGCUACUCCACAGCCUUCUGAAUACGGUGGUUACGGUGGUCAACCUCGUCCAGCGUCGUCUGGAUAUGGCGGCGGGUACGGAGGUUAUCCUCCUCAAGCAUCUUAUGGAAGUCCUUUUGCUUCUCUGAUUCCGUCAGGUUUUGCUCCGGGAACGGAUCCGAAUAUAGUGGCUUGCUUUCAAGCUGCGGAUCAAGAUGGUAGUGGCUUCAUUGAUGAUAAGGAGCUUCAAGGAGCUCUCUCUUCUUAUCAGCAGAGGUUCAGUAUGAGAACUGUUCAUCUUCUUAUGUAUCUUUUCACCAACAGCAAUGUCAUGAAAAUUGGACCUAAGGAGUUUACUGCACUUUUCUACAGUCUUCAGAACUGGAGGUCCAUUUUUGAGAGGUCGGACAAGGAUAGGAGCGGCAGAAUAGAUGUAAAUGAGCUGAGAGACGCGCUUUUGAGCCUUGGGUUUUCGGUUCCUCCUGUGAUUUUGGAUCUGCUGGUUUCCAAGUUUGACAAAAGCGGAGGAAAGAACAGGGCCAUCGAAUAUGACAACUUCAUUGAGUGCUGUCUCACUGUUAAGGGGCUGACAGAGAAGUUCAAGGAGAAGGACACAGCGUACUCAGGCUCAGCUACUUUCACCUAUGAAACCUUCAUGCUUACCGUCCUCCCCUUCCUCAUCGCAUAAGUUUUUUACGGUAACCUCAACCUGUUUGCUCAUCUUGAGUUUUCUUUGUAUGUUCUUUGUUGUGUGAAUGCUAUUGUUAAUGGAACUACAGAAAGCUUUUUCGGUUUAGUUGAACUUAAAAGUUUAUAAAAAAAUACAUCUUGUUAUUAUGGUUGGA